AUGCUCAUUGUGAGUAACUACUACUACAUCCUGAGCAGUGCGAAGAUCUAUAUGAAGCAUUUUAAACGACUGAAGUGUUACAAAACAAUAAAAAAAAUUGGGAAUAAAGGACCUCAACAUUCCACUAAAGAAAUAAACUUUCGCCGACCUUUUGCAAGAAAUAAAAAAAAAAAAUAUAUCGCUCAUUUGAAGGACACAGAUAAGGAAAAGGAAACAUAUGCCGAUCGAACAAGUGCAGGUGACCCUAUUCACCAUUACCUACUCGAUGCAUUUGAAGCAAAUUAUACAGCCAUCUUAGGUUCACUUUCCUGGGCCAAUCUAAAUUCCUUGGAACGUGAGCUUCAUGAUUUUUAUUCCAUCCAAAAAGAGAGCCUUAUUAGUUCACAUCACAAAGUAUUUAGCAGAACUUUGAACAACUAUAUCGAUUUGUUUUUUAAAUAA